AUCUGAAUAGUUAUCUGCUGUUGCUAAAACCAUUGUAUUUCUGCUAAUAAAAACCACCAGGAAAAACAUAGACUGGUUGUAAAUGUAUGCAUGUAUAGAGAAGUGAAUAUUGGAAACAAAAAAAAAUGUACAAUUUAUUAUUUUCAGUGCUUCUGGCGCUCAGCAUGGUUAUUCGCAUACAAGGACUUCAAUACGCUUCAGAGUCAAACAACACUGUGAAAGUUUCCCAAGGAUAUCUCCUAGGUAAGAAGGUGACCUCGGAGAAGACGGGAGGAGUGUUCUACAGUUUCCUAGGAAUACCUUAUGCCCAGCCUCCUGUGGGAGACCUCAGGUUCAAGGCCCCCGCGGCGGCCGAGUCUUGGACCGGGGUGAGGAACGCCACAUUCUACCGCUCCAUCUGCCCGCAGCUCGCCGAUGUGGGGUCGGUAGCGCAGGGCUCUGAAGACUGCCUCUACCUCAACGUGUACACGCCGCAGCUUCCAAGCUCAUCUAAAGUUAAUCUCUUGCCAGUUAUGGUGUGGAUUCAUGGAGGAGGAUUUACUUCAGGAUCUGGAAAUGCUCCUCUGUUCAAUCCUGAUUAUCUGGUGGGGAAAGGAGUCGUCCUAGUAACCUUCAACUAUCGACUGGGAGUACUAGGGUUCCUCGGCCUGAACAGCUCUGUCGUGUCCCGUAACAACGCCCUUAAGGACCAGCUGGCCGCUCUCAAGUGGGUCCGGGCCAACAUCGCCCAGUUCGGAGGAGACAAGGACCACGCGACCAUAUUCGGGGAGAGCGCUGGUGCCGCGUCCGUGGAGUUGCAAAUCCUCUCGCCAGCCACCAAAGGUCUGUUCCGUCGCGCCAUAUCGCAGAGCGGCAGCGCCAUCGACAGAUGGGCGUACACCGAGCCCAGCCCGGCCAGACAGCGGGCGUUUAGGCUGGGAGAGGUACUCGGCUUCGCGUCCGGCGACGAAGAUGCUUUGUCGACGUUCCUCAAGAACGUGUCUGCAAGCAAGCUUGUCGAGUCCCAAGAAAGCGCUCUUUUAACUGAAGAUGUCCUCGGGGGCAUUACCAUACCAUUCAUGCCCACCAGAGAGAGUGGCAAGGAAGCCUUCCUGCCUGAUUCUCCCCUCAGCAUCCUCAAGUCCGGCAACUAUCAGCACGUGCCUUACAUCACAGGGUUCAACUCGGCGGAGGGGAAGUACUUCGCCCAAAACUUCGUUCACAACAGCAGUCUGUGGACGCAACUGUUGAACGACAUGGAGCUGUUUGUGCCUCCCGAACUGAAUCUGCCGCUAGGAUCGCCACAGUCGGUGGCGCUGGCUGCCGAGAUCAAGAAGAUGUACUUCGGUGACGUCACUCCCACUGUGGACAACAUAGAGGAGUUAGUCAGUUUGUAUUCAGAUGCAUACUUCGUGAGCGGUGUGCGGAGGUCUGUGAAUAUUCGUACCAGAAACUACACCACUCCUUUGUAUGUGUACCGGUUCAGUUACGUGGGCCUACUCAGCUUCUCGCAGCUACUCCAAUUCGACUACCCGUUCAGAGGGGCGAGUCAUGGUGACGAUCUGGGAUACUUAUUUGGAGUUGACGGCUUACAACUUGCAUCUAACUCCACGGAAAUGACAGUGCUUAACCAGAUGACGACCAUGUGGACCAAUUUCGCUAAAACUGGGAACCCGGCUGAGGGCUUCGCCUCGCAGUGGGACAUCGUGUCGUCUUCCAAGAAGCCAUACCUGAACAUCGACUCUGCUCUCAGCACAAGUGACCUUGAUAAGUUGCAAGCGGAGAGAUUCGCCAUGUGGGUUAAGAUAUACGCCACUCUAGAUGACUAGACUUGAGUUCGAGUAACUCGUGUUGUAGCUAUGUAGAUAGCUUUUACCUACUAUAAUUAGGAUUACAUCACAAUUAAUUUUUUUGUACACUUCAGAAUGUAAUUGAUUAUAUUUGAAAUACAACUAAAAACAUUUUGUGAUUAUAAAGGAAAAAAAUUAUCUUUGUUCUUUGACCUCUCUUAAUCCACUGUGGUUCUAGUUAAUCUCACAUCCUAUGUCUCUAGCCCAUCUCUUCUUGCACCUGGGUCCUGGAAAUAAUUAAUCCCAAAGCCUCGCAGUGGGACAUCGUGUCGUCUUCCAAGAAGCCAUACCUGAACAUCGACUCUGCUCUCAGCACAAGUGACCUUGAUAAGUUGCAAGCGGAGAGAUUCGCCAUGUGGGUUAAGAUAUACGCCACUCUAGAUGACUAGACUUGAGUUCGAGUAACUCGUGUUGUAGCUAUGUAGAUAGCUUUUACCUACUAUAAUUAGGAUUACAUCACAAUUAAUUUUUUUUGUACACUUCAGAAUGUAAUUGAUUAUAUUCGAAAUACAACUAAAAACAUUU